UUCGUGCUAAUCGGAGCACGGGAUCCGGAACGAACGACCGCAAGCAAACUGGCUCAUUUGAUGACCCGAGUCGAGGCGUUGGCCUCUGCCCCGCCCGGGGCACUGCUGAUCUCUUUUCAAAUUCAACCGAACUGUUGGAAAAUGAUGGCCAGUGUCUAUCCGGAAGAACGACUGAGUGAUGUGAUACAGGAACAAGUGGCGGCCGGUUUUAUCCCUCUCGUUCAGGUAAUAAUUCCCUUUGCGAAACUGAUUUCAAAAUGGGCUAUUCCGGUUGUUAACUGGAAUUUUUAUUGUUUUUUUGCGACAUUUUACGAUCAACAUGGUUCCUGUUUUGUUCCCUAUAGACGUGCGAGUGACACGAGCGACUCUCGCUUAGCCGCCAACAAUAACGUCGAGAGAGAACACAGCUUGAGACAACAGUCAGAGUGUGUUUUUUGA